AUGGCAGCUGAGAGUUUCCGACGAGGGUCUCUGGAAUUCAUCGACUGUCUCCCCAGCAGAAUGCCUUUAUCCUCUGACUUCAAUACUUAUGCUGACGUGACUGACGCUGACUUAUGCUUAAAGAACGGAAUGGGCAAGAAGUUCCAACUAUUCACCGUCGUGGCUCUGCAUUCUUGGAAAUCCAGUUUUGUGCUGAGAAUCACAACCGUCGCACUUGUUCAACGGAAACAAUUGCAAGAAAUCGGGAAUGGUGUAAUCUGA